UGACGCGUUCGCGGAGCGACGGCGUCGCCGUUUGAUGCGGGCGGGACCGAUGGGCUCGCAGGAGGUGCUCGGGCAGACCACGCGGCUGGCAUCCUCCAGCGCGCUGCUGCAGGUGCUGUUCCGGGCGGUCACGUUCGCGCUCAACGCCUUCACUCUGCGCUACCUCUCCAGGGAGCUGAUCGGUGUUGUCAACGUGAGGCUCACUUUGCUGUAUUCAACGGUUGUCUUCCUGGCAAGGGAGGCGUUUCGCAGAGCUUGUCUGAGUGCAAGUACAAAGAGAAACUGGACCAAAACAAUUAACCUGUUGUGGCUGACAGUCCCUCUUGGUGUUUUUUGGUCGGUUUGCUUGGGCUUAGUCUGGCUACACUUGCUCGAAGUACCUGAUCCUUCUGUGGUUCCUCAUUAUCAGGCUGGUGUAGUAGCAUUUGGUCUUUCUGCAAUUAUUGAACUUCUGGGAGAGCCAUUCUGGGUUUUAGCACAAGCUCAUUUGUUUGUGAGACUUAAGGUAAUUGCUGAAAGCCUUUCAGUAGUGUCAAAAUGCAUUUUGACGGUUAUUUUAGUAGUCCUUUAUCCUCAAUGGGGCCUCUACAUUUUUUCCUUGGCUCAGCUUUUAUAUACCAGUGUGCUGGUACUGUGCUACGUUAUUUAUUUUGUGAUGUUUUUGGGAUCUCCUGAAGCAACAAAGAAGUCAUUUCCAGUUGCUAGAAUGAAAGCUUUAUUGCCCAAUAUGGUGGAAGAUGAGACCUUUGUUAACUGGAAGGAAGCACGGUUGACUUGGAGUUUCUUCAAACAGUCCUUCUUGAAACAGAUUUUGACAGAGGGUGAACGGUAUGUGAUGACUUUUUUGAAUGUGUUAAAUUUUGGAGAUCAGGGUGUCUAUGAUAUUGUGAAUAAUCUUGGUUCACUGGUGGCCAGGUUUAUCUUUUUGCCUAUUGAGGAGAGUUUUUAUGUCUUUUUUGCCAAAGUGCUAGAAAGAGGGAAGAAUGUAAAGGAUCAGAAGAAGGACGAUGUUGCUAUGGCUGCAAAUGUAUUAGAAUCACUGUUAAAACUUGUGCUUCUGACUGGCCUUACCAUCACGGUUUUUGGCUAUGCCUAUUCUCAGCUGGCUCUGGAUAUUUAUGGAGGUUCAAUGCUCAGUUCUGGAACCGGUCCAAAUCUCCUCCGAUGUUACUCAUUAUAUGUCCUAUUUCUUGCUGUCAAUGGAGUAACGGAAUGUUUUACGUUUGCUUUGAUGUGUAAAGAAGAGGUGGACAGGUACAAUUUUGUUAUGCUGGCCUUGUCUUUCACAUUUCUGUGCAUCUCUUACUUCUUGACUCACUGGCAUGGCAGUGUGGGCUUUAUUCUUGCCAACUGCUUUAACAUGGGUAUCCGAAUAGCUCACAGCAUCCACUAUAUCUAUGAUUACUUCAAAGAAAGCACUUACAGACCUCUGAUGGGCUUGCUUCCCUCCCCAUUUUUGGUGCUCGUUUAUAUCAUAAGUGGAGUGAUCACUGGUGUCUCAGAGGUGUUCUUCUGCUGCGAUAAGGGUUGGAUGGCAAGGCUGAUUCACAUCGGCAUGGGCGCUCUGUGCUUUGCCGCAACCAUCGUUACUAUGUUCUGCACAGAGACCAAGCUGAUCCACUUUGUCAGAAGCCAGUUCCUCUCCCAGUAUAUGAAGAAAGGAACAUGAAAUGCUCAUGUGCAGAACAGUUCUUGUAUGUGCUUGCAGUAAAAGGCUGUAUUUUUUCCAUAAGAUCAGUAUGUGUCCUGGGUUCUGCAGAGAGAUUGAGUUGUUGGUGUUCUGAAGUGUAGAGCAGUGUGCAGGAAGUUCUGAUGUGUACAACUAAAUGAGUGGGAUACCCAGCAUGUGUCCAUGCUAGCUGUGGAAGAUCAGUUCAUUGAGCAGAUUUAUUUAUGAGGGUGUUAAUUGACUUGUCAAAAAUAGCUGAAAGAGAAAAGGGAUUUUGAGCCAUGUUUGACAGAAGGUGUUAAGUAGCGUGUGACUGUACUUAAAUCUUACUUUCACCCCAUUGUUUUUUUGGUUUGUCUGAGAUUUGAGAUGCCAGCACAAUUUGCCUCAAUAAAAAUUUUGUCUUGUCUGUGGAAUUGGAUGUUAAAUAUAUUUAAUAGCAAUUUAUUUCAAGGAUUUAUGCAUAUUGAAACUUCUGUUGUUGGAUACAAAAAUGCUCUUUUUGUUGCAGCCAGUUUUCCUCACCUCUUGUUCCUUUGUUCAAACUUAACCUUUGUAUUGAUUUUUGUUUUUCUUAAUUGUUGAAAAUCUGGACAUUCUGAAGUUGCAAAAUCAGAUGUUAGGAUGCUGAGUUUGAUUUACUCCUGGUGUAUUUUCUUGCUGGUCUAAAAUCUGAAUUUGGCAGUUUCAGCCUGUAGAGGUGGCAUGUUUAUAAUGAUCAGCAUUCCCUUUGCAGUGUUUGGAUGGACCAAAGAAUGUCAAGCUAUGAAAAAGUGUGUGCUCAGACAUGUACAGUUGAAAGCUUUUAGUUUAGUUCUGUAACAACUCUGCAGAUGCUCAGGCCUCUUAAAAACCCACUUCACUGUAAUAGCAUUGUGGAGUUCAUCCUGGUAACAGUAGUUCCCAGUGUGAAAUGCUUCCUGGUAUCAGUGUCUUUGGUCUGGUACUGUUAGAAAGAUUUCCUAAACUCUGAUCAUUUCCACGUGGAAAUCACCAGAGGUACUUUAUAUGAUUUGGUGUUUUACCAAAUUACCUCAGAGAAGCCCAAGUGCAUCAGUGGAAGGAAAGGUGAGCUUCCUCAGCUAAUGCUGGUGUCUCCAUUGCUUGCCUGAAAGGUACCAGAUAGAGACUUGCUGAUUCUUCAGAAGUUGUUAUGAAAUCUGUUAAACCCAAACAAACUCUGUCUUAUUCUGUCUCAUGAAAUGAAUUUGGUAGUUCUUUGCCUUUUAAAUUUUUAAAUCCUGAGUUGUCUUGCAUUUGUAUCAGCUAUGGAGUACAGCUCCAUAGAUUGCAGGGGGUUGAAACUUCUGUAUCAUAAAUUAUCAUUGCAUACAGUUUAUUUCCUUUAUUGACUUGUUUACAAUUCCAUAAAAAAAAAAACCCAAGGUAGUUGAACUUCUGAACUCUUUUUAGGUCUGUCUUUUUCUACAUGACUUUGGGGCUUUACCUUGGGAAUAUCUCGAUCUGUACAAUGCAUUUUAAUAAUUACUCGGAGUGAGAAGUUUUAUGUGGUCCUCACUUCAAGUGCUUUGGAGAUUGAAGAACCUGUCAUAUAAAAUGAGCUUGAGUAAUGCUGCCUUGUCUAGUGUUAGGAUCCCAGCUGUGCAGUGGUAUUAUUUUUGCUAGUGUUACCACAAGUAUGAUGAUGUGAGAUCUCACUGUUCCAAUAGUGAGCUGUUUAGUCUCAUAAAUCUUUCUUAAAUGCUUUGUAUGCAUUUAAAGAGAAGUUACAUUUUUAAUUCAAUUUAUUUCACAUGGGAAAGGCUUAUAAAUAUCUCUUGCAUCUCAACAAGUUAAUGGAAUUUCAUAUGAAUCAGGAAGACAUUUAAGGUGGCUUAUUUUUGUGUAUUUGCAGAUUAAGGAUACAUUCCUCUUUUAAACUUCAUCUGUAAGCAGUUCAGUGGUGGUUGGCUGGGUUUUGUGUUGGACUUUAUUUGAUUUUAAUAAGUUUUAUGAGGCAGGAAGUACAGACCUAUGAAGAUGUCGCCUGGUUUCAUAUUUAUCUGUGUGAUCCGUAACGUGAAAGCUGUUAAUUGCUUUAUUUCUAAAGCAGCAAACUGUCAAACGCAGGGACAAAGUUGAGAUUGAGCUUGACCAAAUUUCCCUUUUGAUUACAAUUCUGUCAGGUGUGCUGUCAAAGGCACAAUGGGAUGCUUGUCUGUAUAUUUCAUGAAGCUGUUUUGCAAUGUUCUGAAAUCCUUUACUUCAAACCAAAAGAGAAUUAAAGUGCUUUCUUUGGAGAAAAAGUUAUUAUUUCAUACAUAGUGGUGUGGUUUUUCUAAUAGCUGGAUGAGUGACAUUCAAAUAACUGUAAGCUGGUUAUAUGUUAGGGUAACAACAAAUAAAAUUUAUUUCCCUU